AUGGUGGAGCUCGAGGCUCUUAAGCGGGGUGACUGGAAGAGGCUCGAGGAGGAUGGCUCCGGAAGCGCUGUCGACACAACGGGGAUCAAGCUGAGCCUGGGCAGCCUGGGAGGGUCUGCUUCGAGCCCGGCACAGCUUCUUGGCGCCUCGCAGCCUUUCACACUGCGCGUCUUCACCAUGAAUGGCCAGUGCCUCAUCGAGUUGGAGAUCCGGCCGCCGGAAGUGCCAAGGAUGGAGGAGCUGGCAGCACAGGUUGGGGAAGCCAUGAAGGUCUCUGCUGGAAGGGUGUCCCUUUUGAACGGCACCGACAAGUUGCAACUCAGCCAGGACAUUGCCGUGCUCCCGAGGCAAGACGAGCAUCUGCUGGAGCUGCAUGCCAUCGCAGACGAGCUUGGUUCCCGGCAACUGGAGAUGCGGCCGGGAAGAGUGACUGCACUGCGGCUUCAGGGACCGACGAGUCUCGAAGUGGUUUUUGAACCCGGGGAAAUCUCGGAGCAGCACUCCCUGUCUCUGUCUUACAAGCACACGGUCAUUGUCGGGUCUGACAUCCCCAAGCUCGUGUACUCGACUCAAGUCUCGGGUGAGACCAUCAACGAAGUGUCCUCCAUGAGGUUGCUUGCCACGCUGCCGCGCAGCGCAUUGCAGGAGCUGUUGCUCGUUCAACUCAGCGUGAGUAUCCGGACAGAGGCGAUGAUGCCAUCCUCAGGUAAGCGGACCAAGCCCCGACUCAUGGCUUGUCAAGAGUCGCACUUCGAGAGGUGCAGCGUGCACAAUGGCAAUGAGCUCGUUUGGCUUAUCGGAAAGCUCGCGGCCUACUGGGUCUUGGACUUCAUCGCGCUGGGGAUGUCUGCUGUUGUCGCCAUUAUGGAACUGGUUGCAGGGAGCCAUGGGGCCUUAUUAGCAGCCAGCCUUUGGCUCCCCGGCUUCAUCUGGGCCUGCAGGUACCAGGCAUAUGCCUUCGGUCAGCAGGCCGUGAGUCCUGACACCAUCCUGUGUUUACCUUGUGCAUGCUGCUCCAGCUGUUGCAGUUUGAAGGUUUGGCUCUGGGCUCCCUUGGGACUCCUGGCUGGCACGCUGCUGCUCAGCGGCUGGCACUUCUUGGGCCUGAUGCGGAUCCUUUGCGAGGAGGACAUCGCCUUGCCCUUCGAUUUGGAGGGCCUCUACCUGUUCGAGCUCUACAAGUGCGACGUGCGGCGCUUCAGCGACAUCCCGCGAUUGAUCCUACUGGCCAUGGUCUUCGCGCGGCAACAGGGGAGUCGGAACGAAAGCCUCGCCGGGUUGAUUGCAACGGUGCUGGCGGGAUCGGUGUCGCUGCUGCGUCAUCGACGGGCACUUUUCCAUGAAGCAUUCCAGCACUUUAAGAAGGUGACGAUGGAGCAGGUUUCCGACUGA